GCAUCCGGGUUACAGUGUGUUAUUAGUUUUGAACGGUUGUUAUCUAGGAAUAACGAACCUCCAAAUGUCGCGACUGGCCAAUGAGAAUAAAGCAUUAUAACGAGCCGCAUAAUAAUAAAAGCUUAUAAUAAAUGGGUAGUUUCGCCCAUUCGCCCCAACGAAGUUGACACCUUCGUGUCAUUCCAAACCCGUAUGACUUUCUUUCUUCUGCAGAACACAAAGGAAGAUAUUUCGAAGAAUGUUGAUAACCACACAUCAUUGAACCUUGUUGACUUUCAUUGUAUUGACACAAAACCACAGUGACAUUCCUCAAAAUAUCUUAUUUCGUGUCAGUCAUAAACAGGUUUUGAACCGCACGAGGGUGAAUAAAAAUGACAGAAUUUGGGGUGAUCUGUCCCUUUAAAGAACCUGCAGCUUUAAGCAAGUUUUAACAUUCUGAAGAGCGUUUAACUCCGAACAGGCGUUAUUGUGGAAAGAAGUAUAAAAGGCCGUGAAGGGUAAAAACGCUUCUGUUUUGUUGACUAAUGACAGACUGAAAAAGAAAUGCUCUUUAAAAGUAAAGACAACAAACUCAAUUCUCUGCCACCAAGAGCUCGACACUCUGCGCCAAAAUGGUUUGGCACGAGUGUUUUUUAAAAGGAACACCUGCGACGCGGCAGUCAGUCCUUCACUCUCUCACGAACCCCCGCUGGUCAGCGCUGCGCUAUUUGGCAUCUGAUCUUUUGGCCCGCGCCGUCGGACGCAAGGAAGAAAGGAAAUCGCUCAAGACGUAAGCUCGCGUUGCUGCGGUGAUAAAAGAUUUGGUUCCCCCCACACAAUUUGUCACCUGCGUGUUUGUUUUCCCUCCCCGAGUCGAGAGCCCACCUUCAUCCAAAUGAGCUCAUUAGCUGGCAGCGCUCGCGGCGCAGGUUCGAGUAAUGAGCCCCAUAAACGCGGGCGCCAUCCACUAAAUGAGGCCUGUCAUCUCACGUUAGCCGAGUUUGCAUAAAACGCCGGCUCAUUUAAAUGAAAACAUUUUCAUUCGAAACUUUGCCCGGAAAAUGGUUGUUUUGACGAACAAUAUUUUGGGCUUCGGACUGAACUCACGGCCUUGGAAUGUGUAGGGUCGGCUGUUUUAUGUUUCGUUCCCAGGAAGAAAGCGGCGGUCGAGUUUCAAGCUUUGCACGACGUGGACUGUUGUGCCUCUUGGAUGCAGUUCAAAGGAAAGGCUACCGAACCGUUCCUGGUGAAUGAAGAUCCGUCCAGAGGUCCUGGGAUACCGGAGUGCUUCGUCGUAUCCGACUCGUACAGGAAAAAUAUCAGUGUUUGGGACACGGGGGAUGAAUUUCAUCCCUUCAUCGAGGCUUUGCUGCCACACGUCCGCGCCUUCUCUUACACCUGGUUCAACCUCCAGGCCCGCAAGCGCAAGUACUUCAAAAAGCACGAGAAGCGCAUGACAAAGGACGAGGAGCGCGCCGUCAAAGACGAGCUGCUGGGCGAGAAGCCCGAGAUCAAGCAGAAGUGGGCGUCGCGUCUCCUCGCCAAACUCCGCAAAGACAUCCGGCCCGAGUUCCGCGAGGACUUCGUGCUCACCAUCACAGGGAAGAAGGCGCCAUGCUGUGUGCUGUCCAACCCCGACCAAAAGGGCAAGAUCCGCCGCAUCGACUGCCUGCGGCAGGCGGACAAGGUCUGGCGUCUGGACCUGGUGAUGGUCAUCCUGUUCAAGGGAAGCCCGCUGGAGAGCACGGACGGAGAACGACUGGUCAAGUCCCCGCAGUGCUCCAACCACGGCCUGUGCGUCCAGCCGCAUCACAUCGGAGUGUCCGUCAAAGAACUGGACCUGUACCUGGCCUACUUCGUCCACACGCCAGAAUCUGGACAAUCGGACAACUCCAACCAACAAGGAGAAGCAGACAUUAAGCCUCCGCCCAAUGGGCACUUGAGUUUCCAGGACUGCUUUGUGACGUCAGGCGUGUGGAACGUGGCCGAGCUGGUCCGUGUGUCACAAACACCAGUUGCCACGGCGAGCGGACCAAACUUCUCUCUGGCCGAUCUCGACAGUCCGGGAUAUUACAACAUCAACCUGGGGCGCCGCUCCAUAACGUCCACACCAUCCACCAGGGCUGAGAUGGAGUUGUAUGCCAGUCUCCCGCGGAGUUCCAACAAGCGUAAGUCAAUUGAUGACAGUGAAAUGGAGAGCCCGGUGGAUGAUGUCUUCUAUUCGGGUCGUUCUCCCGCCCCAGGAGCGUCUCAACCCAGCGGAUGGCCCAAUGAUGUUGAUGCAGUGCAGCACCAUUUGGCCAGUAUGCAGGAGAGGAAGAUUAAACAUGAAAAUGAAGGCGUGCAGUUUCCUUACCAUGGGCUCUCGUCGCCUGGUUCUCUUAAGAAGCCGGGGAAAUUCGAUUUCAACGCUCUGUCCGGCCAUUCGAGGUCUGCCCGCAUGCCGUUCACCCAUCACCCGCUGCCCAUGCUGGCAGGUGGGAGACCAGCAGGAAGUCCCCGUGCCUCGGCUUCCUCUCUGCACUUCCCCUCUCCCUCCAUCAUCCAGCAGUCCAGUCCGUAUUUCACCCACCCCACCAUCCGAUACCACCACCACCCGGGGCAGGACCCGCUCAAGGAGUUCGUGCAGUUUGUGUGUGCCGACGGAUCAGGACAGUCCAGCGGUCAGCCGAACGGAGGCGGCCAGAGCAAAAUGCCGGGCUCCUUCUUGCUUCCUCCACCCCCCCCUGUGGCGCGUCCAGUGCCCCUCCCAAUGCCAGACUCUAAACCCAGCAGCACGCCCCCCGAUGGUGGACUCACCUCACCCACAUCUCCGUCAUACUCCUCGUCAGGCUCCACAGCUCCCAACAGGUUUGUCAGCAUCGGAUCACGGGACAACAACUUUCUGAACAUCCCCCAGCAGACGCAGUCAUGGUUCCUUUGACGAGACCUGCCUGCAACCUGUCGUCACAAUUCGGAAGUUUUAAUAAAAAAAGGAAACGUCGUAUUCGAAAAUCCACAGCCCCGCCCUCUUGUGAACACGUUCAGCCCUGUUCAAUCUGCCAAUCAUCAGAUGCCCUUUGACCCCGC